CACCAAGCAAGCGCGCGCCUUUUCUCAUUUCCAAAAUCUGCAGAGCGCGAAAUGGCUCAAGCGGCGAGGCUCAACCUCCGAUUGCAGAAAGAGCUCAAGCUCCUCCUCACCGACCCUCCUCCCGGCGCCUCCUUCCCUCUCCUCUCCUCAUCCUCCUCCUUAUCCACCAUCGACGCCCAGAUCCAAGGCCCCGAAGGAACCGUUUACGCCGAUGGGCUAUUCAACAUUAAGAUUCAGAUACCAGAGAGGUACCCGUUUCAGCCUCCAAGUGUGACAUUUGCGACGCCGAUUUAUCACCCGAAUAUCGACACCGGUGGCCGGAUUUGCCUUGACAUUCUCAAUCUUCCUCCAAAGGGAGCAUGGCAACCAUCGUUGAACAUUUCAACUGUGCUUACGAGCAUUGGCUUGUUAUUGAGUGAACCGAAUCCUGAUGAUGGCCUUAUGUGUGAGGCGAGUAGGGAGUUCAAAUACAAUAGACAAGCUUUUGACCAGAAAGCUCGGUCUAUGACUGAGAAGUAUGCCCAGGCUGCAGCUAGUGGGAGUAGUGUUUGUGACAGUCAAUUUCAAAGCCUUGCAAAUCCAAGCGCACUGGAGGUGGAAACAACAAGCCAUGAGUCGAAACACCAAGCUAAUGAGUCUGUUGUGCAGCUGGAGGUUAAAACAACUAGCCAUGGUUUAAAUCAUGAUGCGAAUCAGUCUGUUGCAAGUCACAAGAAGUUAAUUGGGAUUAGUAGGAAGCUGUCACUGGAGUUUUCAGUCCCAGCCUGCGAAAGAGAUGCUUGUAAGGAAGGGAGGGAAGUGCCUAAAGACCAGAUGGAAGUUGAAGGAGCAGAAAAGUUGCUGAAAGAUAAUCCUGAUAAGUUCAAUAUGAAUCAGGAGAAGCUAUGUGGGAGCAGAUGGAAGUUAUCGCUAGGAGCCCUCAGCCAAUCCCAGGAGAAAAGUGACAAUGACAUACAGAAGUUGGAUCACUGUCCAUCAGUUGAACUGCAAAACCUUCCUGUGCCAUCUUCAGGAUCACUGCUGCCGCUAUCCAGAAACUCUUACAAGCAAGGACCUCAUCCGAGUCAAGAUAGUAAAUUGGUAGAUGACAACAUCAACAUGGGAUCAAAGAGUCUGAGGCAGUUUGGGAACAAGCAGUCAUUGGGUUCAUUGAGCACAUCCCAAGUGAUUAGUGAAACUAAAGAUGAAAUGAUUGUAACCCCUCAAAUUCUGCCUUCUUAUUCCCAUACCAAUGUGUUAUCUGAGCCUUUGCCAGCAGCCCCAGUUGUUGACAGUGUCAAACGGCAACCAAAUAAAGAUAUGAUGGAUGGAAUGGGAAAUGGCUCUAUUGAUACAAGUCGCAAGAGGCUUUGUUUAGCUGGCAAGAAGCUUUCACUUGGAUUUAGAGGCUCAUCGCAGACGCAGGGAAAGGAUAACAAGGAGACUGUGGUGCCACAGAUGAGUGAGUAUAAUGGCAGUGUAUCAAAGAAUUGUGGUGAAAAUGGAAGCCAUAAGAAAUUUGGGAUUGCUCAGUUGGAAGAGAACAACAGCAAUAUACAUCCACACCCCCAUAGUGUCUCGUCAUAUCCAUCCAAGUCCCUUCCUAAGCAACAUCAGGACUUCAGGGCGGCUGAGAAGCAGCAUCAAGAUUACACUGACAUUACUGGAGCAACUAAGCAAAAGAAAGGCAAAGAAACAGCAAGACCCGAGUGUGAGGCAGUAAUUGUGUUGGACAGUGAAGACAGCGAGGAAGAAAAGACCAUCCCUGCGAAAUCUAAAUCAGUACUAGCACGAAAGCGCCUGGGAAAGUGGAGAGUAAGAACGUGAAAAACCGUUAGACUGCAGUUCAAAUUAAGCUUGUAUGGUGUUAGCCUAGCCUUCACCAACUUUGUGCCAAUGAUUCUCAGGAUGCUUGAUGAAGAAAUAUUGGAUAUCUAUGAAAGAGUGACCCUUGACUCCCAAGCUUGCUUAAUUUACCUCCAGAGUUAUUUCCGUUCAUUGUUAUUAAUGUUAUCCUUUCGUAGUAAGCUUUGUGAAAAGCAAUGAAAAAUGAUACAGGAUCGUAGUAAGCCUUGUGAAGCAAUGAAUUGGAUAAACAUCCUGUAUCUUUCUUGAGGUUAAAUGUUGAAUUGGAUAAACAUCCUGUAUUU